AUGAAGGGAUACACGCUCGUCUCGGCCCUCGCGGCCAUUGGCACCGUUUCCGCGUCUCCCACAAAGACUCAGGAGCAGGCUCCCAACAAGCGCGCCAACCUUCCUAUAGUCUCUGCCUCUGGCAAUGCUUUCUGGAUUGGCAAGGACCGAUUCUAUAUCCGUGGUAUCGACUACCAGCCCGGCGGUGCCUCCGCCAACGCGGACCCUCUCGCAGACCCCAAGCAGUGCGAGCGCGACAUUAAGCAGUUCAAAGAUCUCGGCGUUAACACUAUCCGUGUCUAUGCCGUCGACAACUCCAAGGACCACGACCAGUGCAUGAAAUCCCUGAAGGAUGCUGGCAUCUACCUCGUGCUCGACGUCAAUAACCCCCAGUACGCGAUCAACCGACUGAAGCCUGGACCGUCGUACAAUACCAAGUACCUUCAGAGCGUCUUCGCCACAGUCGAAAUGUUCGCCAAGUACGAAAAUACGCUCGCCUUCUUCUCGGGCAAUGAGGUUAUCAACGACGAGAAAGACACCGACAAAUCGGCUCCCUAUGUCAAGGCCGUCACUCGCGACAUGAAGAACUACAUCAACUCCCGUGGUCUCCGCAAGAUUCCUGUUGGUUACUCGGCUGCCGACGUUGCCUCCAACCGCAUGCAGACGGCCAUGUACAUGAACUGCGGCUCCGACGACAUGCGCUCCGACUUCUUUGCCUUCAAUGACUAUUCCUGGUGCAACAGCGACUUCAAGACGGCCGGCUGGGACCAGAAAGUUAAGAACUUCACCGAUUACGGUCUGCCGAUUUUCCUGUCUGAGUGGGGCUGCAUCAAGAACCGCCCCCGCAAGUUCGAAGAGAUUGUGGCUCUCAUGAGCGACCAGAUGACGGGUGUCUACUCUGGUGGCCUCAUGUACGAGUACUCUGUCGAGGACAACGACUUCGGUAUCGUCACCAUCAAGGGCGACACGAUCAAGAACUCGGAUGAAUUCGACCUUUACAAGAGCGCCCUCAAGGUCAACCCAAUGCCCACAGGAUCUGGCGGCGCUGCCAGCACGACACAUGCUGUUGACUGCCCGACGUCGGACGCCGGAUGGAACGUCAACCCCACGCUCGUUCCUGAGAUGCCCAGCCAAGCGCAAAAGUACAUGAAAAACGGUGCUGGCAAGGGUCCCGGUCUCGGGGGUGACGGUUCGCAGAACGCGGGCGACAGUGGCACCUCCACUGCCGGCGUGACUGGUGGCCAGGCUUCUCCCACGGCCAGCGGCUCGGGUGGCAAGGACAAUGCUGGUACUUCCGUCCACAGUGGUAUCGACAAGGUCCCCAUCCUUGUUUCCGGCCUGGCGGUCGGCUUCACUCUCCUGGGUGCCUUGCUCCUGUAA